AAAUUCUAACCUAUGUGACAAAGAAAUGACAAAAAUUCAAGUACCAAACACGUGUGUUUUUAAACGUUGAGCAUUUAAAAUGAGAAACUAUGAAUUAAAAAAACAUGAUAAUGCGACGGAGUACAGUGUGCUUAAUAAAUGUGAAUGUUUAUGUGAAGUCAAUGUAGCUUCUGACUAUGUUUUUAAUAUUGAUGUGACAAAAGAAAAUAAUCCUCACAUUGCUGUUGCUGCUGCAAAUCAAUCUUCUGUGUUGUAUAAUUUAGACAAUCAUCAAAUUUCGAAAAUUUGGGAAUAUAACUGUAAUAAUAAAGUGAUUGGAUGCAAAUUUAAUAACAGAGAUAGGAAUUUAGUGUAUGUUGCUACUAGUGAUGGUUCAAUAAAGGUUUUGGAUUUAAGAACUCCCAAAAAUUUCAUAUUUCAAUUUAGCGAUACUACAGUCGAAAAUGGAGAUAACAAACUAUUCAACUGCUUUGAUUUAUCGUCUAAUGAUAGAUUGUUAGCAGCAGGCACUGAUGUAUGGGAAGGGGAUGCAUAUAUAUUGUUCUGGGAUACUAGAAAUACAAAAUUAUUGGGAGCAUAUUGGGAAUCUCAUGAUGAUGAUAUAACUCAGGUAAAAUUUCAUCCUGAUGAUAUGAACAAAUUAAUAUCUGGAUCAACUGAUGGCCUUAUAAAUGUGUACGAUUUGUCUAAAGCUUGUGAAGAUGAUGCUUUGAUAGAUACCCUAAAUACAGAACUAUCAGUUCAUGAUCUUUUGUGGUUUAACAAUAGAAACAAAGAUUGUAUUAGUUGUAUAUCACAUACUUCUGAUCUACAAUUAUGGGAUCUAGAUAAUGGAGCACCGUAUGUAUCUUUUAGUGGUGAACAACUAAGUAAAAAUAUAGGAAUUAUUGAUAAUGAAGAUGAAUCUGAUGCUUUUUACCUGGCAAAAUGUAAUGAAACAAGUAAUGGUCUACUUAUUGUAGCUGGCAAGGGAGAGUGUCAUAGAUUAUCAAAAAUACAGAAUAAUUCAGUUCUACCUUUCGUUGAAUUGCAUAAUAAUAAACAAAGGAUUAUGGAUAGUACAUUUAAUGACAAUAAGAAGUCAAAAUACAAGCAAUGGUAUAGUAAGCUGACGACCUAAACCCCAAUGUAAUAGAACCUCUUUGAGAUGUAUAAAAUUAGGUGAUUAAAAACCUGCCCGGACAUAGUCUAAUUGAUGCCAUUUCAAUAUUAAAGAGUCGAAAGUAUGCAUCAAUGUUGAUGGGUAACAUCUUUAGUAAUUUAAUUUUAUUUACGAUUUAUUUAUAUUUUUUAGUCGAAUAUACUUAUCACAGGAGGAGAAAAGGGACUUAUAAACAUAUGGAGAAUAACUGAUCAGGUAUAAUAAAUAAAAAAAUUUUAAUCU